UUAUUUAGGCUUAAAUUGGCCACCCACCUCAAGCGUUUAAGUUCCCAAAUACAACCAUAUCACUCUCAGUUUAUUCCCCGACCAAAGCUCAACCUCCAUCGCCAAUAACAUGCUCUCAGUAUGCGGAAGACCGGGUCUCCUUAACCUUCCUCCCGAAAUUUGGUUGCUCAUUGGAGUACAACUCCUUGGUGAUCCUGCCAGUCUCAAGAACUUCGCGGAAUUAAACCGACAUGCGUUCAUUCUUAUCAAUACAAUCCUCUAUGAAGAAGUUUCUCAUCCUGAUGCCUUGAAUACUCUAGCAUUGUCCAAGGACAAUCGCGGGCAGAUCGCCAAAGCUCCCCACCCUGCGGCGUUCGUAAAACACCUUGAACUUGACUUCGGACUUCCGGAACGUAAUGAUUGGACGAAAUCAUUGCUCUUCGAAGAGGCUUUCCGGCAAGCAUUUUCGAAUAUUAUCGAACAUGCCCGAAUGGGCAGAGAUAGAAAGACCCCAGCAUUAACGACUCUGGCGAUCAAUUGCUCUGCUACCUUUUUGCAACUCUUCAAAGACAUUGACUUUACUCCAUUCUCAUUCGAGAUGAUUUCCAUCAAGUGCUUGCCUCCACCCGAUUCGAAAGAAUGUGUUGACGAAUGGUGUGGCAUUCUGGAAAAAAUGCUCAAACCCUGCCUUCAACACCUAGUCUUCUUUGUCGGCGACGACGCCACUGGAGAAACCCCACUUUCCGCACACCACAGUUCAACGAUUCUUCAUCAAAUACACUAUUCUGCCUUCAACUUACAGGUGCUGGACUUCGCGGUACCCGGGCCCCCAGACGAUGAGGCCGACGAAGUUAUCGUCUCUACUCUGAAUAAGACAUUAAGCGAAAUUUACUUCCCCAAGCUCUCUUCAUUCACAAUCAGAAUCCAUUGGGGCCUCCUCGAUGCAGUCGAAGAUCUUGAUAUUGCUCCUUUCCUCCGGCGGCACUCCCUGCUCGUUUAUCUUCAUUGUGACAUGUCCACCGUCGACAGUGGCUACAGUUUGAUCAAAGGACCGUUGAGCUCAGACGAUCUCCCCAAGCUUGCUGGCUAUAGAGGACUUUUGAACGACUAUUUGACGCUGUGUGCGGACAUGCGAGCUGGUAGAUUUUAUACCCUUCAUUUCAAUCACGGCGAAUUUCUACAAACAGACAUCGAAGAACGACUUAUCGAGUGCUUGGAAAAUCGAGGCGAAAAUCUCGAGGCUCUGGAGUUCGAUGGCAGGAGCCGGAUGAAGCGUGAUCGGUCUUCUAGGUGGCUGGAUUUCGCGCUUCCCAUCAUCACUUACGAGCGUAUCUUCAAGGCAUGCACAAACCUCAUCAUGCUGGCAUGCAAUGUCAACACCGAAUCUUUAGAGGCGGGAUUUAUCAAGCUAAUUGGCAGAUACCUUCCAAAACUCGAGGCGUUGACUCUGACCUUUGUGGAUACACGAGAGGUUUGUAAUUAUGAUGAGAUAGAACGAGUGGUGAGGGAACAAAUCUGCCAUGAUCUGCUACUCCACUCAGCAAUACCCGCUUAUCUGACUGUGAAUUGCUUCUACCAUUCAUCCCGCUCGUCUGUCUUGAAAAUGUAUGUUCAGGCAACAUUCGAAAAUGAUUUGUUCUUAGUUUCGGUUACGGGACGUUCUGUAUUGCUUUUCCCGGCAGUAACGUCUCACGUCCACCCCUCAGUAAUGGAAAAUGUGUGUGUACGAGGAGAGGGAUCAUAAUCAAGGAUAGAUAGUAUUUACCCAUUCCUUCACGAGUUAUUUAUUCAUGAGUCUUCGAGAUAUGUAUACUGUCUGAAUCUACGGU